CAAAACAAUCUCACAUGUGUUAAAUUCAGUUUGUUUUAAAUCAACUUUGUUUAUCUAUAUUUAUAAAUCAUGUAUUUUGAUCGUUUGAAUUUAACUGUAAUUAGAGUCUACUGUCAUGUUAAAUAUGUAAUUAAAAAUCAGAUGAAUCCUUUUGGACCGGGAGGUCCCUUUGGUCCAGAACCAGCAUUGAUGCUAGCUCCUGUUGGAUCAAACACCAUUCUAGAAAGACUGUGGUCACAUUUUGAGAAUAAUAGAUUAAGGUCGAAUGAGGAUAAAUCGCCAUCUUUCUUGGACAACAUUUUUUUCGCAGUUCCUAAACAACGAAAGACAGUGGAAAGGAGAUUGCAGGGGAAAUUUGGUGAUGAUAGAUGGGCUCCUCAUGGAAGUAAAAUGUUGCGGAAACGUUACGAUAUUGUAGUAUGUGAAACUUGUGGAAAUUAUCGAGAAAAACUGCGUCUUUGCUUACAUUGUUUCACCAGAGUAGAGGAAGAAAGUAAGGUAAUUAAAGAAGCUAUAGCACGACAUUAUGGAUUGGACCCAAUUGAAAAACCAUGGGAAAUAAGGUAUAAAGAUGAUCCUAAAGAUCAGGUUAGUGAUAAAAUUUUGGUUGAAGUAGAUAAAGAAAGACCAGAAUGGUUUAAUAAAAAUUUAUUACAACGUGCAAACCAAGUCAUACCAGAGACAAAUGUAACAAUUGCCGAUGACAGAUCUAAAAAUUGAAAUUACUUUCUCCAUAAGCGAAAGUAUAAUGUAAUUGUAGUUUAUAAAGAGCAUCUUUUUGAUUCAGUUUCAAAUAUUAAAAGUAAUAACCAAUGAUUAA